UGGGCGCUCCGCGGGGGCGGGGAGCGUGGCCGCGCCCCCGCGCUCCGCAGCCAUGGCCGCCGCCGUGCGCGCGCUCCUGCGCCCCGCAGCCUCCUGCCGCCGCCUGCGCGUCCCCGUCCCCGUCCUGCUGGCAGCGCGGGGCUGCAGCAGCGCCGGGCCCCCCUUCCAGUUCCUGCAGGUGCAGAAGGCGGGGAGCAAGGGCAGCGUGGGCCUGAUCCGGCUGCAGCGGCCGCAGGCGCUGAACGCCCUCUGCGAGGGGCUGAUGGCGGAGCUGCGGCGGGCGCUCGACGCCUUCGAGGCCGACGCGCAGGUGGGCGCCAUCGUCAUCACCGGCAGCGACAAGGCCUUCGCAGCCGGCGCGGACAUCAAGGAGAUGCAGGGCAAAAGCUUCCAGCAGUGCUACGGCGGCGCCUUCCUGGCUGGCUGGGACCGGGUGGCCACCGUCCGGAAACCCACCAUCGCUGCUGUCAACGGCUAUGCCCUGGGUGGCGGGUGUGAGCUGGCCAUGAUGUGCGACAUCAUCUACGCUGGGGAGACGGCACAGUUCGGGCAGCCUGAAAUCCUGCUGGGGACAAUCCCAGGUGCUGGUGGGACGCAGAGGCUAACCAGGGCGGUGGGGAAGUCGCUGGCCAUGGAGAUGGUGCUCACUGGGGAGCGGAUCUCAGCAGCGGAGGCCAAGGCAGCAGGUCUCGUCAGCAAGGUCUUCCCCGUGGACAAGCUGCUGGACGCGGCCAUCAGCUGUGCUGAGAAGAUCGCCAGCAACUCCAAGCUGGUGGUGGCUAUGGCAAAGGAAUCUGUCAAUGCUGCCUUCGAGACAACACUGGCGGAAGGGAACAGGACAGAGAAGCGUCUCUUCUAUGCCACCUUUGCCACCGAUGACCGCAAGGAAGGGAUGACGGCGUUUGUGGAAAAGCGCAAAGCAAACUUCACUGACAGCUGAGCUGUGAUGGCACAGGUGUCGGCUGCCAUUUGUCACCUGUGUGCCUCAGCUGGGUGUACACCCCACCCCCAGCACCACAUCACCCCAAUUACCUCUGUGCUGGGCAAGGCGAUCCCUGUCAGGGAGUUCAACAUCACUAUUAAAAGGCUUUCCUGGUGCUGCCACA